AUGGGGGCCUGUGCAGCCAACGACUUCAAACCUCAGAUCGCCACCAAGAUGAUGCUGAUCUCGACGGGCGGUGCUGGCAAUGUCGGUCUGGAUUGCUUGACUUUGGGAAAUGUUGUGAACCACAAUCGCCUAUAUGCCCAUACCCUACUGUCAUGGGUCUAUUUCGUUUUCAUCCUGUACAUGGUCUCGCGAGAAUGUGUUUACUAUAUCAACUUACGGCAAGCGUAUCUUCUUUCACCAUUUUAUGCAAACCGCUUGUCCUCACGGACAGUGCUCUACAUGAAUGUGCCCAGACAACUUCUCGAUGAACAGAGACUCCGAUGGAUGCUUGGAAGCUCUGUCAAACAGAUUUGGAUUCCCCAAACAACCAAUGAGCUCGAACGCCUGGUCAAGGAAAGGGAACAGACGGCUAUGCGGCUAGAGAAGGCCGAGUUUGAACUCAUCAGGAUGGCCAAUGCGGCAAGGACGAAAGCACUCAAGAAAGCCGACAGCGGAGAACAGCCAGAAUCAAGUAAAAACUCUCUCGAGACCGAGACCGAGACUGAGGUCUGUAGCGAGAAUGGGAGAAAAUCAGUCUCGAGAUCUGGCACGGCAGAAAUUGUCCCAGCGUCCAACGAUUCACAGGACACCACUUACCCCUCGAAAGAGAUGCAAGAACGCGCCCUCCCCGAUGUCAACGGAUCAGUUGCAUCACAAUGGAUUCCUCAUAGCUCGAGGCCACACCACAGACCAAUUGCAAACUAUGGCCGCCGCGUGGAUACCAUCAAGUGGACAAGGAAUCAGAUCAGGAAGUUAAACAACCAAAUUUCCAGAGUUCGACGAGACCAACUUUUCAAAACUGAUGGCAUGCUGCCUUCCGUUUUCGUGGAAUUCGAGACACAUACAGAUGCACAACACGCCUACCAGACGCUGACGCACCAUCGCCCGCUGCACAUGGCUCAGCGGUUUCUUGGUGUAAGACCGUUCGAGAUAAUAUGGGCGUCGUUGUCAAUGUCUUGGCUAGAGACAAUCGCGCGGAGAUUCUUAAUCAAAGCUCUGAUCACCGCGUUGAUUAUAUUCUGGGCAAUCCCGUCUGCUUUUGUUGGCACAAUCUCCAAUCUGGAGUAUCUCUCAGAGAAAGUCAGCUUUCUCGGGUGGCUUGCAGAUCUCCCAAGCGCUGUCAAGGGUAUCUUGAGUGGCGUUGUCCCGGCUUUAGCUUUGUCUCUGUUGAUGAGUAUUGUUCCCGGAAUCCUGAGAUUUUGCGCCAGGCUUGGAGGAGUUCCAACUCUGAGCAUGAUUGAGCUUUACACUCAGCACGCCUACUUCGCUUUCCAGGUCGUCCAAGUAUUCCUGAUAACGACCCUGACCUCAGCGGCGUCCGUAGCCGUGACAAAGCUGCUCGAGGAUCCAACUACAGCGAAGGAUUUGCUCUCUCAGAACCUGCCCAAGGCUUCCAACUUCUAUCUGUCGUACUUCCUUCUGCAGAGCCUGGCACUUGGAUCUGGAGCACUUGUCCAAUUCGGCAAUCUGUUCCAAUUGUAUGUGUUUCGAAAGUACAUCAACAGUCCCAGGAAGAUGUAUAUGAGAUGGCAUCGACUUCAACGUAUUCAUUGGGGAACAGUGUUUCCCGUCUACACCAAUCUUGGUGUCAUCACUCUCAGCUAUGCGCUUAUCGCCCCGAUCAUCCUCGGAUUUGCUGCUGUCGGUCUGAUAUUUUUGCACAUGGUGUAUCGCUACAACCUCAUCUACGUCUACGACUCGGAAGUAGACACCAGAGGGCUUGUGUAUCCUCGCGCUCUGAUCCAGUUACUGCUGGGCUUAUAUUUCUCUGAAAUCUGUAUGAUCGGGCUGUUUUCACUCAAAGGUGCUUACGUGCCAGUCGUGCUCACGGCGAUCUUACUCGUCCUCACUGGUUUGGUCCAUAGUUCGCUCCUUGAAGCACUCGGCCCACUUCUGUGGAGUCUUCCAAAGAGCCUGACGGUCCAAGAAGAUGAGCACUUGCUAGGAACUCGACCGACGAACCCACGCCACGCUGAGGAUCCGGAGCAUUUCGAAGGAUACCAUUCCGACAAAGAGCAACACGAGCCGGACCUUGGUAACAGCAGGGCCAUGGAAGGUGCAAGCGGAGCUCUGAACGCCCUUGGAGGAGGCAUUAAAACCAUAUUCAAGAAGAAAGUCAAAAAGGAGGUCCCUGAAGUCCACAUGGUACUUAAUGCUCUCACAGCAUUCUGGAUGCGAUGGAUAUCGCCGAACCCGGCAGACAAGUCCAACUUCCUCCUACGGUGGCUCCAUCCAGAGGUAUACUCGGACUAUACUAUUCUUCGUCGAAUGGUUCCGUCUGACUUGCCAGAUCCGGUGUACCCGGAAGAUAUCGAGUGCGAUAUCUACUACCCACCUUCAUUUUUCGCGAAGCCACCGACUCUAUGGAUUCCCCGCGAUCCUGGUGGUAUCAGUCGACAAGAGGUGGAACACUGUAGCAAGGUGAUCCCAACCACAGAUGAAUAUGUGCAAAUAGACGAGAAAGGCCGUGUGACGAUUAAUCUGGAGGAAAGCCGGCUCGUAUUUGAUGUCAGUCGGCUGAGAUAUUGA